GUUCUGCCAUCCGGGAGCUGCAGCGGCAGGAGCUAGAGCGAGAAGAGGGCGCUCUGGCAUCCAAACGUUUCCGUGCUGAGCGUCAAGACAACAAGGAGAACUGGCUACACUCUCAACAGCGGGAAGCUGAACAGCAGGCUGCCCUCGCACGGUUGGCAGGGAGGCUGGAGUCCAUGAAUGAUGUGGAGGAGUUGACCAUACUGCUUCGGAGUGCCGGUGAGUACGAGGAACGUAAGCUGAUCCGAGCUGCCAUCCGACGAGUUCGAGCUCAGGAGAUUGAAGCUGCCACCUUGGCUGGGAGACUGUGCAGUAGACUUCCUAGUAGUGACUCCCAGGAGGAGAGCAGGAGGCAGGCAGCUCACAGAUUGGACCCUGGUAAGGUACCAGAGCAAGAACAACAGAAACAGCAGACAGAAGUGCCAGAGCCAACCCCGACCCCAUCCCCAACCCCUGAGGACACCAGCCAGGAUGUGACCACAGUGACACUCCUGCUGAGGGCCCCACCAGGGGGUGCACCCAGCUCGCCCACCUCACCUGACAGUUCACCCACCACUGCUUCUCCUGAGCCUCUGCUAGAGCCUGCUGGAGCCCAGUGUCCUGUUGCUGAGGCUCUAGACAGCUCUGAGCCACUUCCUCAACCUUCAGGAGCUCCCAGUCCUGAGCCCCCCUUGUCACCAGCAACCCCCAGCUCUCAGGGGCAGGUCAUCAGCAAGCCCCUGCCUGACCCCACAGAGCCCUCUACUACCUUGGGCCCCGCCAGAGGCUCUUCUAACACUAAGAGAGCAGAUCUGACUGAACUGCAACCCUGCCAGUGCUCUGUAUCUGUGCUCAGUCCCCGACAGCCAGCCCCAAAUAGAGAGCCAGCCCCCCUUGCACGAUCAUCCCAGUUCCAACGGACUGGCUCCGUCAGAGACCGAGUCCGAAAGUUCACAUCUGAUUCUCCUGUGGCUGCCAGGCUCCAGGAUGGUCCCCGAACAGCCCUCACUUCGCUGACCCCCACAAAGCUCCUGGGCUCUUCCUGCAUCGGCACCACCCCUGCCUCCUCCAGCAACUCCUCCUCUCGAGGCCCCAGUGACACUUCCUCCCACAAGAAGCAAAGAGAACUUGCUCAUUCCCUGGCCCAGCUUCAGAGCUGCCCUCGAGAGGAGGGCCCUGGGGGGCGUGGCUUGACUCCCAGGUCCCUUGAAAACAGAGCAGGGGGGCCCAAGCCCUGCUCAGAAGAGCCCAGUACCCCACUGCCUGUGGGCAUCGGAACUGGGGAGCCAGGGGGCAGUAUGAAGACUACUACAUUUACCAUUGAGAUCAAGGAUGGCCGUGGCCAGGCCUCUGCAGGCCGGGUGCUGCUACCCACAGGCAACCAGAGAGCAGAAUUGACACUGGGACUGCGGACACCCCCGACCCUCCUCAGCACCAGCAGUGGGGGCAAGAGCACCAUCACCCGUGUCAGCAGCCCUGGGACUGUGACCCGACUGGGCAGUGUCACUCACGUCACCACCUUCAGCCAUGCCUCCCCUGGUAACCGAGGAGGCUGCAACUUUAAGAUGGAGCCAGAUCCAGCAGAGCCCCCCACUGCAACAGUGGAAGCAGCUAACGGCACCGAGCAGACUCGAGUGGACAAAGCCCCAGAGGAGCGGGGCCCCCUGAGUGCCGAUGAGCUGAUGGCCAUUGAGGAUGAAGGAGUUCUGGACAAGAUGCUGGACCAGACUACGAACUUUGAGGAGCGGAAGCUCAUCCGGGCUGCACUCCGUGAGCUCCGACAAAGAAAGAGAGACCAGAGGGACAGGGAACGAGAACAGCGACUACGGGAGGCACGGGCCCGGCCAGGAGAGAGCCGAAGCAAUACGGCCACAGAGACAACCACAAGGCACAGUCAGCGAGCAGCUGAUGGCUCAGCUGUUAGCACAGUCACCAAAACUGAGCGACUCGUCCACUCCAAUGACGGCACACAGACAGCCCGCACCACCACGGUGGAGUCGAGUUUCGUGAGGCGCUCUGAGAAUGGCAGCAGCAGCAGCACCACAGUCCAAACCAAGACCUUUUCCUCUUCCUCUUCCUCUUCCUCGUCCAAAAAGAUGGGCAGCAUCUUUGACCGAGAAGACCAAGCCAGCCCACGUCCCGGCAGCCUGGCAGCCCUUGAGAAACGCCAGGCAGAGAAAAAGAAAGAGUUAAUGAAGGCACAGAGUCUGCCCAAGACUUCAGCAUCCCAAGCACGCAAAGCCAUGAUUGAGAAACUAGAGAAAGAAGGCUCUGCAGGCAGUCCUGGCACACCCCGGACAGCUGUACAGCGUUCUACCAGCUUCGGAGUUCCCAAUGCCAAUAGCAUCAAGCAGAUGUUGCUGGAUUGGUGCAGAGCUAAGACCCGUGGCUAUGAGCAUGUGGACAUCCAGAACUUCUCCUCCAGCUGGAGUGAUGGGAUGGCCUUCUGUGCCCUGGUGCACAAUUUCUUCCCUGAGGCUUUUGACUAUGGGCAGCUUAGCCCACAAAACAGGCGCCAGAACUUUGAAAUGGCCUUCUCAUCUGCUGAGACCCAUGCGGACUGCCCGCAGCUCCUGGAUACAGAGGACAUGGUGCGGCUUCGAGAGCCUGACUGGAAGUGCGUGUACACGUACAUCCAGGAAUUCUACCGCUGUCUGGUCCAGAAGGGGCUGGUAAAAACCAAAAAGUCCUAACCCCUGCUUGGGGCCCCACGGUUCAUCCUGGCACCCUCUGAUCUGCGAGGCUGCAGCACAGAAGGAGAAUCGGAAGAGCGUUGCACCACUGAUCAAGCAGUGGGGUGUAGCUGAUCCAGCUGAUACGACUGGGGUCCUCAUCUGCUUCCCUUGGUCCACCCAAUGCAGAUAGAUGAUAAAUGUGAAAAGAGCACCCUGACAUACCCCCUGGCCUCCAUUUCCAGUAGGAGACCUGUCCCCUAGGAGAAAGUGGGUCACUAGGGAAUCCUAGUACAAUGACUUAGCUGAGACUCUACCAACUGGGUUAUACCAGUGCGUGAGCAGAUGGGCUCUCCCGAGAGGAGUUGGGGGUCUAGAGUCAGAACCUGCCUGCCUGAGGUGGGGUAUGGCUCACUCCCCAGCACCAUCUUAUCCUCUACCUGCUUAGCCUAUGGGCAGGAUGGCCCCUGGGUUUGGAUGUGGCUUUCCCUUCCUGGAAAGUGUUUCUAACUGGUGGACAGUCUGGAGUUUAUGAAAAGACAAACAGGCUGUGGCAGAGAAAAGACCUCGGGGUAGAGGUGCACAGCAAAAAGCAGUCCAGCACUGACGACAACUCCUGUGCCCCUU